AAUGCAUCAUGGGAAACUUGCCUCCAAACGCGCUCUUAUUUUCUUUCGCCUUUUUUCCCCUCCCUUCAUUUUGUUGCGAGAACAACGCGUAAGAAGACUCAAGAAAUUAAACCCCGAUUUAAAGCUCACAUUUCCCACCAAGUUUCCAAAGCUCUGAUCCUAAGUAGCAAUGGCCCGUACCAAGCAGACUGCUCGUAAGUCCACUGGAGGCAAAGCUCCACGUAAGCAGCUGGCCACAAAGGCUGCCCGCAAGAGUGCACCUUCCACUGGGGGUGUGAAGAAGCCCCAUCGCUACAGGCCCGGUACUGUGGCUCUGCGUGAGAUCCGUCGUUACCAGAAGUCCACCGAGCUUCUGAUUCGCAAGCUGCCCUUCCAGCGUCUGGUGAGAGAAAUUGCACAGGACUUCAAGACGGAUCUGCGUUUCCAGAGUGCAGCAAUUGGAGCUCUGCAGGAGGCGAGCGAGGCUUACCUGGUGGGUCUGUUUGAGGACACCAACCUGUGUGCCAUCCAUGCCAAGCGUGUCACCAUCAUGCCCAAAGACAUCCAGCUGGCACGUCGCAUUCGCGGGGAGCGUGCUUAAAUGUUUUUUUUUUCUCUUCUUUAUGAAACUAUACCCUCGACCCUCCCCUUCACCUUCCUUUCCUUCUUACAGGUAGUUAGUUUGAGGUUCUCUAUAUAUCAUGACUGUGAUAACCAUGUGUGAUUAUGUCUUCUUUGGUGCUACAAGUAGAAGAGUUUCUUCAGAUAUAUAGUAAUGUAUGUUUGAAACUUGUACACUCCUCACUUUAGCUAUUGCUUGAGUUAAGUGUUUUUCUAGCAAUGAGUAGUGUGUAAUCUGGAAUGAGCGUAGGACUUAGAAUCAAGACAUUUUCAUAUUAGACACAUUCAUUGAUAUAAUGGCUCUUCUGUUCCUUCCUGCAAAUUAUUUUGGGUUUGUUUUUAAAUAUACAAUUAUUUUAAACAUUAAGCUCUCUUUUUUUCUGCAACAGUGGUGUAAUACUGUUUAAUAUCGGGAUCUGACUGCUUUAUUCUGGUUGUCAAUUUCAAAUGUCAUUGCACUGUAAUGACUGCAUGGUUUCACACUUAAAAACGGCAUAAAUGUAGCAAACUUGAUUAUUAUACUCUGAUUUUCGCCGUGUUAUGUCUGAGUAAUGUUAUGAAUUUUUGUUUCUCUCUCAGGUGGCUAACCUAUUUUUUUCUACUGUGUUUUUUUUAAUUUUAUUUUAUUGGUGUUUUUGGUCAUUUUGAAGGCUAAAACAUUUGUACUCCAAAAAUUCACAUACAGACAUAAAUAAAUUCUUGUGGUGAAAUUGA